AGCUUACUGAGUGAGACGCCGAGCUCAGAAGCCGAUGGACUACGCCGCUAGUGGGGCCUGAGACAGGAGUCAGGUUCUGUGUGACCAUUUUCGCGGCCUUAGGAAGCGAUCGUUGCCAUGACGGCCCAGGGAGGCUUGGUGGCCAACCGAGGUCGGCGGUUCAAGUGGGCCAUUGAGCUGAGCGCGCCUGGAGGAGGCAGCAGGGGCCGAAGUGACCGCGGCAGUAGCCAGGGAGACUCACUAUACCCUGUCGGUUACUUGGACAAGCAAGUACCUGAUACCAGCGUGCAGGAGACAGACCGGAUCCUGGUGGAGAAGCGCUGCUGGGACAUCGCCUUGGGUCCCCUCAAACAGAUUCCCAUGAACCUCUUCAUCAUGUACAUGGCAGGAAAUACUAUCUCCAUCUUUCCUACUAUGAUGGUGUGUAUGAUGGCCUGGCGACCCAUUCAAGCACUUAUGGCCAUUUCAGCCACUUCUGUUACCCCAACAGCUUUCAAGAUGCUAGAGAGUUCAAGCCAGAAGUUUCUUCAGGGUUUGGUCUAUCUCAUUGGGAACCUAAUGGGUUUGGCAUUGGCUGUUUACAAGUGCCAGUCUAUGGGACUGUUGCCUACACAUGCAUCGGACUGGUUAGCCUUCAUUGAGCCCCCUGAGAGAAUGGAGUUCAGUGGUGGAGGAUUGCUUUUGUGAACCUGAGGAGGAGGCACCUGGUACCUAUAUAUUUGGGCUUCAUUUACAUCCUUCUUUAAGCCCUGUGGCUCCCUAAGUAUAUAUAUAUUUUAAGUAUACUCACUGUAAAUCACUCAUGUUGAAAAGAACCAAAAAGUUCUCUUAUCCAUGGUGAGGAGACAGAUCCUAGAAGGACAGUGUGCAUAUUACUACAAACAAAGAAACUAAGCCACAACCCCUGACUGAAAAUAAUGUAGAAAACUUUAUUUAUGUUUGCAGUACAGAGCAAAACAAAUAAAACGAGAACUCUAUGUAAACAAAAGAAUGGUUGCUGCUAAAUCAAAAGCAAUAGCAGCAUCUCUCUUCAAUAAAUUAAAUGGUUGAGAACAAUACUUUUAAAAGUUUCACAAAUUCCCCUUAAAUCUAUUUUCCUUAAUAUUUUACUUCUAUUUAACACAAGCUGGGACAUAAAAAUUCUGUUGGAGACACUUGUGAAAGAUGUGAGAGAAUAGUGGAUUCAAAUUAUACAUGAUGAAAAAGGAAAAUAAACCAGAAAAAAGAACACAUAAA